AUGGAAGAUUUGGAGACUAACUUAAUCCAGACACGCAAAGCAUGUAGAAUAGAGCAAAUGGUAGCAAAAUGGCUUUAUCGCUCUCGAGAUGGUGCAUCCAGGGGCAGAAUCUCUGUUACAGACAGCACCAGUGAUGGCAGUGGCCAGCCUGCCAAUCGUGUCAAACUUACUGUCACGAUAUACAAAGAUUUGGUCCUUGGUCAUUAUGGCUUUGAGAUAUGUCCAAACCUGCCUCUUACAAUAGCAUCUGUCACUGCAGGGAGCACUGCUGAAGGGAAGCUGCAGCCGGGCGACCAGCUCCUCCUGAUAAACUCUACUGCAGUGGACAACAUGUCUGUUGAACAAGCAGCUGACAUCAUCAGGGAGGCCGGUGAUGAGCUUCUCCUAACCAUCCUGCGCUGCACAUUGGGUGGCCCCAAGUCAUCAUUUCUUACUGCAGAGAAGAGGGCAAGGCUAAAAACAAACCCUGUGAAAGUGCGUUUCGCAGAGGAGGUGCUGGUGAAUGGACACACUCAGGGUAAUUCUCUUCUUUGUAUGCCCAACGUUCUCAAGGUAUACUUGGAAAAUGGACAGACAAAGGCUUUCAGGUUUGAGACGAGCACUACUGUGAAGGACAUUGUUCUCACCCUGAAGGAGAAGCUCUCCCUCCAGAGCAUUGCACACUUUGCCCUCACUCUGGAGGAGCAGUACAACGUGGCAAAGAUUCACCUGCUGCAUGAGGAGGAGCUCAUUGAGCAGGUGGUCCAAAAAAGAGAAUCUCAUGACUACCGGUGCCUCUUCAGAGUUUGCUUUGUCCCAAAGGAUCCAUUAGACCUUCUGCAGGAAGACCCUGUUGCCUUUGAAUAUCUCUACCUGCAGAGCUGCAGUGAUGUGCUUCAGGAAAGAUUUGCUGUGGAAAUGAAAUGCAGUGUGGCAUUACGUCUGGCUGCUCUGCACAUACAGGAGAGGAUCUAUGCUUGUGCUCAGCCACAGAAAGUAUCCUUGAAAUACAUUGAGAGGGACUGGGGAAUUGAAAACUUCAUCUCACCAACUUUGCUUCGAAACAUGAGAGGGAAGGACAUCAAGAAAGCCAUCAGCUACCAUAUGAAGCAGAACCAGGUGCUACUGGACCCUCGUCAAAAGCAUAUGCUUGCAGCAGUUCAAGUGCGCCUGAGCUACCUGCAAAUACUGGGAGACCUGAAGAUGUACAAUGGGAAGAUCUUCAAUGCCACCCUGAUGCUACAGGACAGAGAAUCGUAUGUUGCAUUGCUGGUGGGUGCCAAGUACGGGGUGAGCCAGAUUAUCAAUAAUAAGCUCAACAUCAUAACAAGUCUGGCAGAGUUUUCAAACAUCAGCAAGGUGGAGCUCACAGAGGAGUCUGAGAAAGUGAGCAUGGUGAAGGUCUACCUGCAGGAUUUGAAGGUCCUGACUCUGCUACUGGAAUCAAACAGUGCAAAAGAUCUCAUCUGCCUCAUCACUGGCUAUUACAGGCUGUUUGUCGAUGCAAAUGUCUCCAUAUUUACCUGGGCAGAGAAAAAAGAGCAACUGCACCGUGUCUCAGCUGAAGAAGGGUAUGAAUCUCGAACCUGCAGUGACUCUGAAGACUCCUGGGAGCUGGAUUCCUCCUCAGAGCAUGGCUUGGACACUCCUAUAGCACACAGCAGUGCCCAUCCUGUGUGCCACGAGGAGGAGCUGGGAGAAUGCCACUCUCUGGAGAAGGACAGCACAAAGCUCCAAGGUGGAGGGAGCAAACACUGCAAUGGGGUUGACAAUGCAACAACAGACAGCACAUCCGAGGCUUCAGAUUCAGCCAACACUGAGAGCCGAGGGUUUAAGACAAGUGGCUCCAGUGACUCUAUGGAUGCACUGGAAGAAGAUGAGUUGGAAGCUUGCUCUUCCUCCAGGCCAGACUUCUUCCACUUACACAUACCAACAGUGCAGGAGAUGAGCAGCUCAGACAAGAGCUUCUUCCCCAUUCAUGCCACAGAAGGAUCCAACAGGGCAGAAACCAGAGACUACUGCUUCUUGCAGGUAUCGCAUGCAGAGGAGCCUGGUUGUGAAGACAUCCCCUCUGAGCAGAGAGGGGAGGACGAUGUGUCUGUGCUGGACACCAAGCUCUCUGAGAGAAACACCGUGGGCUAUUACAGCCUGUGCUACAGCACAUCCCCUGCAGGCAGUGUGGAGAGGAGCAACAUGAGUCACAGCCCUCAAAGUCAUCCUGGGUCUGCCCAGGAAGAGGCACCAUGUGGAGCAGAGCAGACAACAGAAGCAAGCAACCUAAUUUUGGAGCCGCCCCCAGGCUUUGGUGACACAAGCUCUGAGGAGGAGUUCUAUGAUGCUGCAGACAGGUUCAGCCCUCCAGAUGCCCUGGCAGGCUGCAAUAUCAUGUCCUGGGAGGGUACAGACAGCUCCUCCAGCAUCCUAAAGAAACCAAGGUGUUACAGCUUGGGGGAAAACCUGAUGACAAGGAAGACAGCAAAGGAGAAACACAGAAAGGAGAAGGAGCUGACAUAUGCCACAAGCUUGAGGAAGAGGAGAUCAUUCCUGAAAACUGAUUACACUUCGCAGGUCACUUUCCCCUCAGCUUUGCCAGGCUCUCUGCAGAGCUGCUGCUCUUGGCCACCCUCUGCCCCGCUCCUUGCUCAGCUGCCUGCUCCACCCUCCUCAGACACCAUCAAGGAUACAGAGCUGGGACGUCCUGCUGCCACCCAGGCCCAGAGAGACCCUGCUAGCACAAACCCCUCCUCUGACCCAAUGGAAAUGGAGCCUGACACAAUGGAAGCAAAAUCAGUGACUGAUUCAGGGUUUUCAUCCAUUUCAGCUCUUUGCCUGCAGGGUUACCAGCACAGGGAAGAGAGUGCAGGCAUUGCCGUGCAUGUGGACGGUGGCCUCCAGCCUGCACAUGCUGUACAUCCACCUUUCCUGUCCCUGAAGGAGGCUCUACCCCUUCCUGUGGGACAAAGCAGAGCUGCCCAGGAAAGUUUCUCCACAAAAACAUAUACUGGGUGGCUGAGAGAGGAGAGCUGUGUGGCUACUGGACUCUGGCUGGCCCAAGUGGAGCUGGAGGAGGUGGGUGAGGUGAUGGCAGCCCAGCACAAAGCUGCUGAUCUACCUCCGUUCAGGGGCCAGCAGGUGACCUGCUCUGCUAAUGAACACACACUGCUGCCGUCAGCUCACAGCCCCAGCGUGGCCUGUCCCCAUGAGGUGUCCCAAGACCAGGAACUGGUCCCUGCUGCUGGGAGGCACACAGGAUGUGAGGAGCCUGUCCUGACUCUUUCUGAAGAGAGAAAAGCUGAUUGUGACAGCUGUGCUGGAAAGAGCAGUGACAGUGCCUUGUCACAGGUGAAAAGCAGACAAGUGGUAAAUGAAGCCUUACGGAAAGUGCACGAUAAAAAUCAUGUGGGUUUUCCAGAUGCAACCCAACUCUUAACAGAUUCCAACAGCACUUCAGGGGUUAUAACUCGUCUCUCCUGGCUCUCCUUUGGGGAAAGGACAGACCUUGCAUCAGCUAGCCCAUCUCAGGAAAGGGUAGAUAACCCACAAAAGCUUUUGAUCUCUCAGACCAGUGGGUGCCUGGGGGCUAAUGCUGUCAAACGAGUGAUAGAAACAUCCCCAGCUAGACCACAAUUUGAGGAAGUGUUCAUGAGCAGCCAGGGGCUUCAUGAAGGAGAGCCCAGAAAAGAUGCAAUAAAUGUGGCUCACAGCCAGUGGUGGCAUGUUCAGACUCCUCUUCCUAGAGAACAGGCUACUGAGGUGAGGAAAAACUCUCUGAACCCAUCUCCAAGGCUUUCCAUCUCCUCAGGCACAACUCCCUUGGGCUUACUGGGGAAAAGAGCAGGAGAGGCUUCAAAACACUCCUUCCCCUGCUUUAACCACAUGAAGGAUGAGCAGACCCAUUCUGACCCCAUCACAACCAAGUUCUUGGGUUUUUCCACUAUGAAGACAUCAUUACCACAUCUUGGCAUGGACAAGUGCAGCUGUCAGCUGUCCUAUAUCAGCUGCUUCCAUAGGCCUGAUGACAGAGGGGAACAUGAAACUACUGUUCCCAUGUGCAGCACAUUUCUGGGGCCCCUCACCACCCCACCAUCCAGAAGCUGCAGUGUUCCUAGGACCUCUGUGAGCACUUACCCCAUCUCCAUUGCUAGGGACAUGGCAGGGCAGGACAUUCAUGUUCAAGCCCUCAGUUACCUGAAGUACCAAGCACAGAUAAGUCCUGGAGAUUUCUCUUGCUUCCUAGACUACACCAGAGAGCUUCAGGAGGUUGUUGAGAAGCUCUCGGGGAACCAAGCAACCCACCUGCAGGAUCAAUGUGCAGAGCAGGGUGCUGAGAGCAAGGGUGCCAUUGGCUUAGCCUCGCGGGACCUGCUGUCCAGUUGCCAGGAGCUCCUGAGAACAGAGCAGCCCCUUAAAGAGCUGCAGGAAGUUCUGAGAGUCACAUUUGAGCACCUGGUGCAGCUGGCAGUGGCCUGCUUCCAGGUUACACACUGCCAGCUCUGCCAGCAGAGGCAGACGGAACUUGGGGCUGCACUUGUGGAUGUGGUGGAUACCUACCACCAGCUUGUGCAGGCUGUUCACCAGCAGCUUCGCAGGCAAGACUGCCCAGAUCUGGGUGCCAAGCUCCUCACCCGCCAACACACAGCACUCACAGCUGCCAUGUUCUGUCUCCUGCAGCAGUUCAGGGCACCACCAUUGCUGUGA